CCUCUGUUCCACGUAGCAUCACCUGAGGUCAGUCAUUCCAGGUAUUCACCAUUUAAAGCUGUGAGCCAAGAUAAGAAACCACAGGAGUUAAUGGGGAAGUCCAAGCCUUGGAACUCCCCGUGUUAGGAGACCAGCGCACAGAGACUGGGCACUGGGUCACAUGCUGCCGGUAAAUAAAUCAGUAUGAUGCAGAUUAAAAACUGACAUUGGAUUUAGUGAUGUAAACAUCUGUUGGGAGGCAGAGAUACUAAAUAAUAUCCUCCAAACUGAGAAGGAACUUGGAGACCAAAAAACAAAGCUGGCGAUUCCAAAAAGUGCCAUUAGGCGGUCUACUGUGGUAACACACAGAGGGUCCUGUGAGGACCGCCCAGAGGCAUUCCCAGCUGCUCUGCGCCACCAGGGGUACAGGGGGCCUACAGAGGCCAAAGCUAAAGGUGGAGUUUGGCUAGGAAGCGGGAGGCACGUGGGCACUGAUGGGGACCCAGGGUUUUCCUCCCCCGGGGGGCUCAUGACCGUUAACCAACUGCAUCAGCGGAAGACAUCUAUCAGAUGAAGGCGAGGGCCAGAGUUGACAGGGGCUGUGUCUGACUUGGGCACAUUCCUUGCAAGUAGCUAAAGCUCAGUCAUGCAGAGAGGGGAGGGGUGGCACUGUGGGCCGAAGACGGAGCCACAGAAUGGAGUCAUUGUGGUUCAGACACACGUCACUGGGGCCGAGUGUGCCACACGUCAGAUGGCUGCGUCAGAAGUUUGGUUAGUUGGCUCAGGGAGAACAGGAUGGGUGGAAACCUAAGUUGUGAGUAUUAGCCCUUCUUUAGAGAGUUUCUGUUACAAACACAAGUGGGGAAACACGAGGCGAACAUUACUUUCCCCUGCACCUUCCUCCUGUUCCCCAGUCCCACCUGAUGGCGCCCACUUCUGGUCACUUCUGCUUUGGGGCUUGUGAGUGGGGGGCAUCCUGGCCGGGACGGGAGUUUGGGGUCCCCUUUAUUACCUAUUUUAUCUGCAUAAUGAGGAGAUAACGAAACUUGCUUUAAGUGUCUCCUGCAGCAUUUUAACUCCAGAACUGCAGGGAACAGUUUUUAGUCACUGUUCCACCAUACACAGUAUUAUCUAACGUUACCCACUGUUUGUGAAGGUUUUUUAUACCUGAUAAAUGUCCAUAUUUAUCUGUAGGUGAAAAGGAAUUUGCCUAGCAAGGUUUACAGUUGCAGCUGUAUGUCAGGUCACACCCGCACGUACUAGGAGUACGGUAGAGUCGCUGGGAAGGGCUCGGGUUUGCGCUGUGGCUUAGCGUCUCGCUGCCUGCUUUCCUUGUCUGAAGCGGAGGCAGUAACAGGAACGGCCCCCUCAAGCUAUUGCAAGGGUUAAAUGAGAAAAUUUAAACUUCCUAGCUUAGAUUAGUAAGCACUUAGCGUGUGCAAGUCCUUGAUAAAGCCAGCCAGCAUCACUACCGAGCAGGGAGUCAGCUAGGAAUGCUCCCAACUGUCCGUGAGGGGAGGCUGGCUUCACAGUAGUGAGGGUCUGUUUCUCUCACACAGACCAAUGCUCUCAUGUGUUGUGAACCAGGGGGUGUAUAUGAGUAACAUAUACUGUGGGAUUAACUCGAUCAUCUACGUCUGAGUUAAGAGAAAGAAACAGAAAAAAAGGUAAUUCCUACCGAGACAGCCUAAGUAACUUGGGAGGCAGCUACAGACGCAUAACCAAAAUCUCUUCUGCCCUUCUUCCUUCCUACCAGCACCCGACUCGGUGCAUGGGGUAACACGCUUGGGUGAAAACACUCGCCUUCCCAGGUAGGGGCGUCCACGUGACGUUGUUUGGGCCACUGUGACCUAAGCGUAAUGCCUGAUGAGGUUUCUACAAAAGCUUCUAAAAAUUGUCAGACUCAGCUAACAUGUCCUUUGUCUUUCUAGUGUCUAGGACGUGGGCGUGAGGCUGAGGUGGGACAGUCACACCACGGUCAGGAGGCACACGUGCAGGUGAGAGCCGCAUGUCCGGAUGAAGUCAACCAGAAUCAGCAUGUCUGGGACUGAGGAGGCAAUUUUCGGCAGCCGUGACAGCCACCCUGCCAGUGGCAGCUCCGUGCUGUGCUUUGGUCAGUACCAGUACACAGCAGAAGAGUACCAGGCCAUCCAGACCGCUCUGAGGCAGAGGCUGGGCCCAGAAUACAUCAGUAGCCGCAUGGCUGGAGGAGGCCAGAAGGUGUGUUACAUUGAGGGUCACAGGGUAAUCAAUCUGGCCAAUGAGAUGUUUGGCUACAAUGGCUGGGCACACUCCGUCACGCAGCAGAACGUGGGUGAGUUCGCUUCUCCCCGGGCCCCGCCGGGCUCCGGCCGGCUUCUGACAGCAGCGGUGAGCGCGGGCACGUGGCUGGGGUCCGGGGCAGGCACAGGUCGGCGUCCCUUCAGCUGGUUCUCCUUCCCACCCGUAGAUUUUGUUGACCUUAACAAUGGCAAGUUCUACGUGGGAGUCUGUGCGUUUGUGAGAGUCCAGUUGAAGGACGGCUCGUAUCAUGAAGACGUGGGCUACGGCGUGAGCGAGGGCCUCAAGUCCAAAGCCUUGUCCCUGGAGAAGGCGAGGAAGGAGGCUGUGACGGACGGGCUGAAGCGGGCGCUCAGAAGUUUUGGGAAUGCGCUUGGAAAUUGUAUUCUGGACAAAGACUAUCUGAGGUCACUGAACAAGCUUCCACACCAGUUGCCUCUUGAGGUGGAUUUAACUAAAGCAAAGAGACAAGACUUUGAACCAUCUGUGGAGCGAGCCAGAUACAGCAGCUGCCGACAGAGCAUGGCUCUGGGACCCCCAAAACCACCAGAGGUGCCCUCCCCUUGCAGACCAGACCACUCAGAUGGCCCCCAUGUUGUGACACUGGGGGACAAGGACAGCAGCUCCCGGUACGCACCCCCGCUGCCCCUUCCCGAGUGUCCCCGUUACCUCCUCCUACCCUUGCAGCAAGCGCGGGUGGCGCGCUCCCUCGGGGACCGCGUGCUGCUUCACCAGGUGGCCCAGGAACCCGCUCCCACCCUGCUGCUCUUCCGACACAGAAGCCUGACCUUCUCCGCCGCCGAGAGCGACGCCACACACCAGCGGAAGCUCCGGCAGAAGCAGCUGCAGCAGCAGUUCCGGGAGCAGAUGGAGAGACAGCAACACCCGUCUGCCCCGCCGUCCAGGAAGAGGGACCAGGCGGCGCCGCUGGUGCCUCCUGCCGAGCACGGUGCCCCCGGAGCUGCGGUCUCAGAGCCAGGAGCCCAGACGGACGUCCUCACAGACAGUCUUGAACUAUGGGACCUGGCUCCAGAUGCAGGGGACAGUGUGGUCAAGCCCUCGUCUAAACCACAACCACCGCAGACUCCUGCCACCUCAGUCCUGAAGAACCAGGUGGAGACCCAGAGCAGGACCCCACAAAGCCUUUACCACCAGGAUCCACCAGCAAAACCUGGACCCUGGCACCUCCAAACCUAUAACCCGAACCAGCAACCAACAGGAGACUGUGACUCCUCUAGGAAGAACCAGGACAUGAAGAAAAGGAAACUGGAGCCGUCUUAACCAAGGCACAGGUCACCUCACUGGACUGUCAUGGAGGGAUGGUCAGACUUCGUGGGCGUGAAAUGACUCGUCGUUCCUGGGGAAUGAGCUUUACUUCCAGGCGUUUGCCUUGCUUCACUCUGAACUUGACCAGAGGCUGCGGCUCCUGGAACCUGCUGCAGACAGAGCCCGGUGGCCGGACACGAGCACUUCACAGAAGCAUGUCACACGUGCAGCGGGCAGCUCUGCCGAGACGAAACCCCUCUUCUUUGGUCCUUGAGGCUCCUCACUGUUGACUGCUGAGCUGUCACGUUGGUGAAGACAGAAAUUCUAGGAGCCCCCAUGGCUCCUUGCUCCUGGGCACCAGCCUCAGCAGGACGCCGCGGAUGAGCCGAGCUCCCGCCCCGGAGGGCGGCACGCUCCUGAUGCUGCCUCGUGCGGCUGCCGCCUUCUCCGACAGGCCCCAGUCUGCCGUUCGUGACGUCUCCUAGUCAAGGAAAUAAUCAUCUAAGACCAAAGAAAAGGCAUUUUAAGACAGCAAAAUAAAUCCUUUGUAACAUAAUGCAGGCAUACCUCUCUUAAUUGCACUUUGCAGAUAUUGUGGGGUUUUUUAAACAAAUCGAAGGCUUCUGGCAACCCUGUGUCAAGAAUUUUCCCAACGGCAUUUUAAAGUAUAUAUUGUUUUAGAUACAACACUAUCACACACUUAACAGACUACAGCAGAGACAUAAUUUUUAUGUGCAAAGAGAGCCCCACCCAUGACCUAAGUAGCUGUUCACAUUCGCCUGUUGCAGAUGUGAGCUAGAACCCACCUCGGCACAAAUUCUUUAUUCAUAGUGUUGAGAUGUUCAUAACUCUUUCCUCCAAGUAAUGAAUGUGCAGUUUUACUUUCCAAGGACCCUUUUGGGCUGUGCUUUUAAUCUUGAAAUGGUGGCUUUUAUUACUUGUUGGAUCACAGACCCACUCGCAGGAAGCUGUGGCCCUGGGCACAUGGGGCCCCUGGGCCCUGGUGUGCCUCCAGAUGGCAAAGAGGCUGGGGCUCUCCCUGCCUCCCUUGACCUCACCUGCUGUUGCACAGAUUGGGUCAUAUAUUCAGCUUUUGAUUUUGAUAUCCUCACCACUGUCUUCAGAAAAAAAAAAUCUCCUUGUCUGCAGCAUCUUAGUUGAGGGAGAAGUGCCGCUUAAGAAAGAUCCUGGAAUUAGGAAUCCAGUUAUAAACUGCACACAAGUCAAAUCAGAGCUGCCGAGACCAUGAAAAAGGCAUUGCUGGAAAUGAAACCCCACAGCUCAACAAAAGCAAGUCUGGUUUAUUUGAAGGUCUCAAGUAUGUCUACAAAGGUAACAAACCGAAGCAGGAAGCGCACCCCCCGGGUUAGUGCCAAACGCACAGGAAUCCCCAAGGUUUCAGUUCAGUUUAUUUGUUUUUUAAACAGUGUACAUUGUUAAAUAAUGUAAGGAAAACAUUUAUAAUUCAGAAAGUUGUUUUUUAAUGUGGAAAAAGAUGCUCAAAGUGUACUAUUAACACAAAAAUAAUUUAGACAGUUCAGUAGCACUAGUUCAUUCCUCUAGGCCUCAGUUAUUUCAUCCACAGGAGGGAAAAAAAUCAACAGUAAAUAAAACCAGUUCUUACUUUCCA